AUGCUGUACGGCCGGUUCCACAAGCGCCACCAUGAGCACAAGGCUCCAGGGCUUCACACGAAUUUCCACUUCACGGUGCCAGACCUGUUCAUCGAGGGGGUCUUGCCCAUCGUCGCGGCUCUGUUCUCUCUGAGGCCACUGCUCGGCGUGUUCCCGAAGCCCGUCGAGAUGGGUUUGUUGCACGUCUGCCUCCAGUGGUACGAGAUCGGCUCGCACUCGGGGAAGCCGGUCCCAACCGUCUCAUACUUGCCCCCCUUGGCGCCACUGUAUCGGGCCGUGUUCGGGGACGUGGACAAGAGGAACGUCGAGUUUCACCACGCGCACCACGCGCUCACCCACUGCAACUACGGCAUCACCCAGUGGCUGGACCAUGCCCUCGGCACGGGGGAGCUCACCCGCCGCAGCUGUGUGCGGCACUGGCUGCCACCGCGGCGCCACCUGGUGGCCAGGGGUUGCGCCUUCGGCGAGGCGCGCCAAGGCGAGUGCCAGGUCGUCGUCGCGACGGUGGCGUUCGGCAUGGGGAUCGACAAGCGGGACGUCCGCCUCGUGUGCCACACCUGCGUGCCGUCGUCGAUGGAGAGGUACCACCAGGAGAUCGGCCGCGCGGGCCGCGACGGUAGCCCCUGCCGGUGCGUGCUGUGGUACUCCCCGGCCGACGUCCAGCGGCUGAGGAAGAUGGCGAGCAAGAAACACGAGCAGGAGCAGAUCGACCUGGCCAGCCGGUUCUGCGGUGACGGGUCCGUGUGCAGGCGCGCCGCGCUCCUCGCCUAUUUCGGCGAGCAGCACCAGGCGCAGCGCUGCGACGCCUGCGACGUCUGCUCGCGGCGCCAGUCCGGCGGCUCGGGCUCCCAGCCGCAGCAGCGGCAGCAGGAUCUGGCGGAGGCCCAGCAGCUGCUGGCCCUGGCUGCGGCGCUCCAGGAGCAUGGCCUCACGGCGGCGAAGCUGCGCGAUGCCGCCAAGGGCAAGCGGCUGCCAGAGGCCACAGGACGCGCCAAGAACUUGUCGGCCGCCGCCGCGGCUCACGGUGCCUUCGGCGCCCUCCGGGCGCACAGCCCCGACUUCAUAGAGAGGCUCAUUGACAAGCUGAAGCAGCUCGGCGUCUUUGUGGAACGUAAGGAGAGGGCAAAGGGCUUUGGCAAAGGCAAGCGCUUCGCGAACCUCUACCUGGCCCUGGGGAAAGAGGCCGACAGGCUGCGCGCCGGCGCGACCCGCGUGGCGCUGCCUGCCGAGGCGGGCGCUCUAUGGAACCGCCACCCACCUCAGCAUGCCUCUCGUCAGGCUGCCAUUGCUGCGUCCAUCCAGGCCGCCAUGGAGACGGCUACCGCGACCAUCACCCAGCACGUAGAUGCGAAGAUGGCCAAAGUUGAGGCCACGCUCCAGGAGCACUACACGGCGAUUGCUGAGCAGAGGGAGUCGCUGUCGCAGGUCAUCGCCACGGUCAACCUGAUGCAGAGUGGUGCUGCGAGCUCUGGUGGCUCCUCAGCAAGUGGGCCUACUUCGGCGACCAGGGCUGGAUCGUCCAUCUCAGCGGGCAUUUUGCCGAAUGGCCCCAAACGGGGACGUGGAGCUGACAUGAUGGAUGGCAGUAAUCCGAAGCUCAAGUUCUCCUACAACGCGUUCGAGAGGCACAUUGGCGUCAGUUGGUCGCUCGAUUUCCCCAUCACCUUCGAAAUGUUUGAAUGCGACAGGAUUGCGCGCGAGUUCACGCAGGAGUGCAACAGGGUCGGCAUGUGCUGGAUCGACCCCAGGGACGGCUCACAACACACACUGAGAGUUAGGUCGGACCUACCUCAUGACGUGAGGCAGAAGAAGCGCGCGUUCCACCACCUCUACGGGAAGGUGAAAGCCAUGUGUGAGAACUGUGAGCGUUGGGACGCUUCGGCUCGUCUGGGCGUGGAUGGCUUCAAAGGUCAGCUGCGAAUCUCGACGGACGAUGAUGUGUGGACACUGGUGACUGCUACUCCAGCGACUAAGCGAGGCGACGUGGACUUCUUCAACUUCACGCCGAACAUCAAGGACUGCCAGGACUGGGGUAUCUCAGCGGAGCAGAUUCACGCUGCCAUAGAGACCUCGCAGCAGGAGAUGCAGGACCAUGAUGAGAUCGACUACUCCAGCGAGUAG